CACCUAGGUGCGUUCAGCCACAGCGUCGCUCGUUUCUUGAUUACUGCCAUUAAGUUGGCAAUGAAACUUCCGCCUGGAUAUGAUCCACUUAUUCCUCUCGUCUAAUGCUGUGACUCUUUAACUGCUGCCUGGUUCCGUGGCGUUCAAAGGUCCUCGCAGCUCAAAGUGCAUAUCUCGUAUCCACAAAUAUGUCUUGACGACAUUCUACGUGCUUCCUCUCUUACACUCUUCCUAAACCCUCAACUCCAAGAUCUUCCUUUUCGAUCAAUCUUAUCCGCAAGAUUAUUAGAAUGUCUGCAGCCGCAUUACAGCGCCGCAACCAGCUCCGGGGCAUAGCCUCAGAAACUAGAUCACUCUUGCCGACUAUUCUAUCUCAGCUGGACUCAUGGAACACAACAGCGUCUUCCCUUCAUCACAAGCGUACCCUGACCCAACUGGAUCCGAAAGAUUGUCCAGGCUAUAGGCUUCCAGAGGAUGACCCCGAGGCUGGGACUAGAGGGACACGCAUCAGAGUCUACGACCAAGAUACUUUCGAUGCGGCAUUGGACUUGCAACCUGGAUUUACGUUCAGCUCCCUGAGUCCACCUAUGAAUAAAUCAGCUCCUACAUCAGUCACUCAGUCUGAAGACUCUACCCUUGACCCCGCGGCGAUCGCAACACAAACGACCGAACCUUCCACAUCCAAGAAUCCCAUGAUCCCCAAACCGGUAGCCAUCCUCAACCUAGCCUCUGAACGCCACCCCGGCGGUGGCUGGCUCAAUGGCGCCCUAGCUCAAGAGGAAGCUCUCUGUUUCCGCUCUUCGCUCUCUGUGACUCUCCACGAACACUAUUAUCCCAUCCCUGCCCUCGGAGCCAUCUACUCCCCUUUGGUUCUCCUAAUACGCGAAGCUAUGUCCCGCGGCCACGGCCUCAUCUGGCCCGACACUCCCGCACAAAACUUACCGGUGACAGCCGUCAUCACCAUGGCAGCGCUACGGCGUCCGGAGUUGACGAGAGAUGGGACCUACAGGUACGCGCAGGAUAAGGACAUGAUGAAAAACAAGAUUCGUGUUAUUCUUCGAGUAGCGGUGCACCAGGGUCAUAGCAAGUUAGUUCUUGGCGCCCUUGGUUGUGGUGCAUUUGGGAACCCGCCUCGGGAAGUAGCGCAGUGCUUUCUGGAAGUGUUUCAGGAGCACGAAUUCCAAGGUGGAUGGUGGGAGGAUGUAGUCUUCGCAAUCCUGGAUAAUGCUAGAAAGGAACAGGGAGGGAAAGACGGUGUUGGAAAUUUUGGGUUUUUCUACAGGGCUUUGGAUGGAACACUUGUUUGAGCGGAAAGGUCACAACUUACAAACCACUGAACAGGACGGAGAGAUCUUGGAAAACCUUGAAUAGGCGAUAGAC